AUUGUCACACAUUGUUUACUACGGUUUGAAAUGUGACUCACAUCACGAGCUAUCUGCUGGAGUACCGCGCUGACAACCGAGGGGGAUUCUUUUUGACGCGCGCCGUGCGUCCUGGUAAUUUGGGGACAGACAGGCUGUGGACACUACCCUCUUGCCAUGACGGUGGAUUUGUUUGCGCUUUUAUGCGCGCUGGUCAUCACAUCUUCUGCGAUGGAAGAGACCGUGAUGGACACUCGGGUGGCCACAGCUGAACUGGGCUGGACAGCAUAUCCAAAUUCUGGGUGGGAGGAGGUGAGCGGCUACGAUGAAAACCUCAACACCAUCAGGACAUACCAGGUGUGUAAUGUAUUCGAGCCCAGCCAAAACAACUGGCUCCUCACCACCUUCAUCGAUCGGCGUGGGGCGCAGCGCAUCUAUGUGGAGAUCCGCUUCACCGUGCGUGACUGUAGCUCUAUCCCCAACGUCCCUGGAUCAUGCAAGGAGACUUUUAACCUCUACUACUAUGAAACUGAUGCAGUCAUUGCCACUAAAGGCACCGCCUUCUGGAUGGAGGCCCCCUACCUCAAAGUGGACACAAUUGCUGCAGAUGAAAGCUUCUCGCAGGUGGACUUUGGCGGACGUCUCAUGAAAGUCAACACAGAAGUGCGGAGCUUUGGUCCGCUUUCUAAAAAUGGCUUCUAUUUGGCCUUUCAGGACUACGGUGCCUGCAUGUCUCUACUGUCAGUCAGGGUCUUUUAUAAAAAGUGCCCGAGUGUGGUGCAGAACUUUGCAAUCUUUCCUGAGACCAUGACUGGGGCUGAGAGCACCUCCCUGGUUAUUGCCAGAGGAAUCUGCAUCCCAAACUCAGAGGAAGUAGACGUACCUAUAAAGCUGUACUGCAACGGAGAUGGAGAGUGGAUGGUUCCUAUUGGAAGCUGCACAUGCAAGGCCGGGUUUGAACCUGACAAUGGGAACGUGUGUCGAGCAUGCCCACCGGGUACCUUCAAAUCCACCCAGGGCCCAGGUCUGUGCCUUCAGUGUCCUACUAACAGCCGCUCUACAGCUGAGGCUGCCACCAUCUGUGUGUGCCGCAACGGCUACUACCGAGGCGACGCUGAUCAGCCAGAUGAACCCUGCACUAGUGUCCCAUCCAGUCCCAGGAAUGUGAUCUCAAUUGUUAAUGAAACCUCUGUGAUCCUGGAGUGGCAUUCCCCCAGAGAGACGGGUGGCAGAGACGACGUUGUCUACAACAUAGUGUGCAAAAAGUGCCAUGCUGACAGGCGCUCCUGCUCCCACUGUGACGACAACGUGGACUUUGUACCUCGACAGCUGGGUCUGACAGAAACCAGGGUGUUCAUCAGCAACCUGUUGGCUCACACCCUCUACAGCUUUGAGAUCCAGGCUGUCAAUGGAGUCAGCAACAAGAGCCCAUACCCUGCACAGCAUGUGUCCAUAGACAUCACUACCAACCAGGCUGCUCCCUCCAUAGUUCCCAUAAUGCACCAGAUAAGCUCCACCAUGAAUAGCUUCACUCUUUCAUGGCCACAGCCAGAACAGCCCAAUGGCAUCAUCCUGGACUAUGAGCUGCGCUACUAUGAGAAGGACCAUGCAGAGAUCAACUCCACCAUCCUGCGGAGUCAAACUAACACUGCCCGUGUGGAGGGCCUCAGGCCCGGUACGGUCUACGUGGUACAGGUGCGGGCACGGACUGUGGCCGGCUUUGGCAAAUACAGCAGCAAGAUGUGCUUCCAAACCCUCACAGAUGAUGACUUCAAGUCAGAGCUGAGGGAGCAGCUUCCUCUGAUUGCGGGGUCAGCGGCCGCAGGAGUGGUCUUUAUUGUUUCUCUUGUUGCCAUCUCCAUCGUAUGCAGCAGGAAAAGGGCGUACAGCAAGGAGGCUGUUUACAGUGACAAGUUGCAACAUUACAGCACAGGAAGAGAACUCUCUUUGCGAGCCGACAUGUCUAACUGCCCCUCCCCACUGGGCUGCCCGACCCACUUCUCAGGCUCCCCUGGGAUGAAGAUCUACAUCGACCCCUUUACCUACGAAGACCCAAAUGAGGCCGUACGAGAAUUCGCCAAGGAGAUUGAUGUCUCUACCGUCAAGAUCGAGGAGGUCAUUGGUGCAGGUGAAUUUGGUGAGGUUUACAAGGGUCGUCUGAAGCUGCCUGGUAAGAGGGAGAUCUACGUUGCCAUCAAGACGCUAAAGGCGGGCUACGUGGAUAAACAGAGGCGGGACUUCCUGUCUGAAGCAUCCAUCAUGGGCCAGUUUGACCACCCAAAUAUAAUUCGUCUGGAAGGCGUUGUAACAAAGAGUCGCCCGGUCAUGAUUGUCACGGAGUUUAUGGAGAAUGGCGCCCUGGACUCCUUCCUCAGGCAAAAUGAUGGCCAGUUCACGGUGAUCCAAUUGGUCGGGAUGAUGCGUGGGAUCUCAGCCGGAAUGAAAUACCUCUCAGAAAUGAACUAUGUCCACCGUGACCUGGCUGCACGGAACAUCCUGGUCAACAGCAACCUGGUGUGCAAAGUGUCCGACUUCGGCCUGUCACGCUACCUGCAGGAGGACACCUCUGAUCCAAGCUACACCAGCUCCCUGGGUGGGAAAAUCCCAGUGAGGUGGACAGCUCCAGAAGCCAUCGCUUAUAGAAAGUUCACCUCAGCGAGUGACGUAUGGAGUUACGGCAUUGUCAUGUGGGAAGUGAUGUCAUUUGGAGAGAGGCCUUACUGGGACAUGUCCAACCAGGAUGUGAUUAAUGCCAUUGAACAGGACUACCGUCUGCCCCCGCCCAUGGACUGCCCUAGUGCCCUGCACCAGCUCAUGCUGGACUGUUGGCAGAAAGACCGCAACGUACGACCUCGCUUCACAGACAUCGUCAGUACCCUGGACAAGAUGAUCCGCAACCCCACCAGCCUCAAAACUGUAGCCAACAUCCCUGCAGUGCCUUCUCAGCCACUGUUGGACAGAUCCAUACCUGAUUUUAACACCUUCAGUUCGGUGGAGGACUGGCUCUCUGCCAUUAAGAUGAGCCAGUACAGAGACAACUUCCUCAACUCAGGCUUCACCUCCCUGCAGCUGGUGGCUCAAAUGACCUCAGAAGACUUGCUGAGAAUAGGAGUGACCCUAGCAGGCCACCAGAAGAAGAUCCUCAGUAACAUCCAGUCCAUGAGGGUGCAGAUGAGUCAGUCCCCCACUACUAUGGCAUGACUACAGGGGGCGCUGUGCCAUGGAACGGGCAGCAUUCGUAGGACCAUCAACAAUGGCAGCCCUCGAAUGACCCCCGAUCCAUCGGAACGCGCCAGAGUCGAGACUAUUGUCUUAAUCUAAUCCACUACCAUGGCAACUGGAGACCAGGGUCAGCACUACCACAUGGUUUUAAAGCUAUAUCACUUUUCAUGCAAUCCACGCCAGGAGUUCAGGGUCCAGACUUGAUACUGUUCCUCCAUUUCUUCACAAAAGGAAGACAGACAUCAGCUGCUGCUGUUACAGACUGCCAUUCAUGUCAUUGUAAACCAAAAUAAUUCCAACAAUCAGACAUCAACACAGGGAAUCUCUCACAAAUCAGACUGUCUGGUAAAACAAGUGGUAUUGUACUUCUUUAUCAUUUGGACUAGAGGAUUUUUUAAAUGUAAAGACCAGUGUGAGAUGUUUAGGAUCAACACGUGACCUGUGAUUUAUACGUUGUCAAUGUGUGCAAUGAAGAUGCCUUGACCUGGCCAGAAAUAAGAAGAAGAGGAAGCAAUGAUCAGUAGGGUUAAUUAGUGGGAGAAAAAUACAGGGAUGUACAGUGGAGCACCAUUUUUAACUUUCACUCCAUCUUUUGCUUGUUUGAAGAAUUUUAAAGAUGUAUUGUAAAUGGACUGGUAAAAAAGAGAGCUAGUUUUAUUUUUUGUCUUUGCCAUCAGUUUGUUUGUUUUUAUCACUAUAGCAAGAAGCCGCCCACUUGUAUUUUAAUGUUAACACUACCUGUGGAGUUCUGGGUGGAAGGCCUUGCCAAAGGACUUCUCACCUAACCCCACCCAGAUUCAGAGAAUAUAAAUAUGUUUAUCUCUUGCAAAAUAUGAUAUAUCUUUCAUAAUAAACCUUCAUAUUGAAGGUGAUAUGUAUGAAUAUGUAUGUACAGAACUCUCUGCUUGCAUUUUUGGCAACGACAUACUUGUUGACUAGAUUGUGAUAGACACAUGCAAUGUGUAGAUUCCUACCACGCCCUGAUUCUCUUUGGACUGAACUGGAGACACUGGGUUAUGGACCCCCAGUUCAAGGUUCACAAGGACAAUCUUGACUAGACUUCAACCUGAGGACAGGGCAAAGAAUUGGUAUUGUAGAUCUAUAUGAAAAUUGCUGUAGGAGUUAAAUAAUUGACAAAAUAUCCAUUUAUUGGAGAUCAUGUUUAAUGUGGGUGUACACAUGCUGUCUAUUGCUGGUGAGCACUUACUUGUACAGAUAUGUUUUAUGUUUUUAUGUCCUUUGUUUUGUUGUUGUUUGUGUUGGGAGUCCUCAGCACCAUCCAAAAGGGGGGAGGAACCGCCACGCCUUGGCCAGCCCAGAUCCACGGCUAUGGACUCCCAAGAUCUACCCCCAUAUAAAACAGCAUACACAUAAGAUACGCACAGACACUGUGAAUGCUCAGAAGAACUACUGUUGGCGGCCAGUGAGGAAGCAGACUGGGUGAAAUGGGACUAGAAACCUCCUAUGGUACACAAUGGAUGGUGGAGCUGUGCACAUGUCAUCAUUUGUUCAUUUGGGUGUGAAAGAGAGUGAAUGUAUGUAUGUACGUUUGUGCAAAGCAGGCACAUUUGUGUGUAGAGACAUUUUGUGUGCACAGGUACAUUGUUGGAGAGAGUGAACUGUUCUUUUUUCUUAUUUUGUUCAUUUCUGUAUAGCUACCACUUGUAAAUUGUGACAAGUACGUGUCAAGAGUUUGUAAGCUGUAACUUUCUGAGAACUAUUGUACUAAAAUGCACUCAAUAAACGCCUUGGAAAACAAGUCAA